AUGGAUGACAUUCUCGCUAAGGCAGGUUCACAAGCUGUUACAUUUGCGAUCAAAUCAGGUAUUUCGAUUGCCUCUACUUAUGCCUUGAGAACUAUCACCAAAUUCGUGAUACAGAUUCCAAAGAGCGAUGCGAGGAGAAUUGAGCAACAGAAAGCUAAAUUAGAGAAUAGAAUCGCUAUUGUCACCUCAGCUAUUGAUUUGAUAAAGCUGGUUGCUGCUAGAGGCAAUACGAAUUUGGAAAGUACGCUUAGGUUAACCAAGGAUCUCAAGAAUGAGCUGGAUUCAUUUGAUGAGCGCAUGAGAGAGCUGAUUACAAAAGUUGAGGAAUCCAGAAGUGCCAAGUCUCAAAAAGAGGCAAUUGAUUCGGUUGAACUAUACAUCAAUGAUCUCCUACAGCGCAUCGAAGAGGUGACACCCUUUAUCAAUCUUUCCUUGACGACUUCAGGUGCAAACUUAAACUCCUCAUUACCGCAACAAGUUUCUCCCGGAUUACUACUUAAGGCAUCUAAUUACAUCAAUUCGAGUAAUGGGAAGCCUGCGGGCCAGGUAGGUCCUGCAUUUGAGAUUAGCUUGUACUCGGUUUUUUAUCACCUUGAUAAGGCAAACAGCAGUUCUAAUGUUAGAGUAGACUGGAAAGAAGACAUGAAAAAAGCAUUUGUUAGAGUUGUACGAAUCGAGUCAAGCGAGAGUUCUUACAACUACCAGUUGCUAAUCGAACAGUCGUUUGAUGACGGACGAUAUCAUAACUUCGAAGAGGAAAAGCUCCAAAAAUUGACUGUGAACCUCCGAAGCAUAGUUAAACUCUUCUUUAGCGUAUCUGGAAAUCUUCUGAAGCUAGCCGAACAGGAAAAUCCUGUGCUGGUCCUCAAGGUGGACAAGAAUAUUGCCGGCGAGCAUCCUGAGACUUCUAUGGAGGAUAUCGCAUGGUAUGCGUUCGGCCAAUACGAUGGAGUGGAAGAUGAGGAAGAGGAAGAGGAAGCUGAAGAAGGGGAAGAAGAGGGGGAGGGUCCAGACGAAUACAAAGAUAGAGAGAAACAAGAAGAGAAAGAGCUUACGGAAAAGCAAAAAGAUGGAUCAGGCACAUCUUCAUCGAUAGCCUUGCUGGAGUACAUUAUCCGACUGGCUUCUUUACAAGAAAGUGAUAACCAGAGUAUACUGGAAGUCAGCGAUGAGAGACUCUCUGUGUACUUGAAUGACGAGAAUCCGAACUCCAUAAGAGAAAAGAAGGCGAAUGUGGAUCAAGUGACUCAUGGCUUGAGUAAAGUUACAUUAGAUUGA